AUGGGCUUUAAGCAUGCGAUGCUGCAGCGCAGCUACGAGCUGGCCGCCUCACCUGGCCCUGGCCCCCAGCUGCCGGCGCCGCCACCGCUGCAGGUCACAGACUUUAGCAUCAAUCGCAUAUUGAGCAAGGAUCAGGCUAAUCGCGUCAAGAAAUCAACGGCCAGUGCAUGCAAUAUACUGGAUCUCUCCAAGAGUCGUCAACAGGCGGCCACAGCGGCUCCCCCAGCUACUGCUGCUGCUGCUGCUCCAACUGUUCCAGUGCCAGCUCUCAAUCUGGCGCCCGUUCAGCUCCAGCCGGCCGCUUAUGUGGCCGGCGGCUAUGCCAUGCUGCCGCCAGAUUUGCUGGCCAUGGCCAGUGCAACCAAAUUCUAUGCGCAAUUCUUUCCACAUUUGCUGCCCGCCUAUGCAGCGGCUGCAGCUGCCGCCGGCCUGACCACGCCGCCCACAUCGCCAUAUCAGCAAACCCAACAGCAACAGCAACAACAACCAUCACAACAGCAGCACAAGCGCUACUUUGCGCCCUAUGUAAUAAACAGGCAGAGUCCCAGAUCGAGUGCAUCCACGGCCUGUUCACGCGCCGAUUGCCUGGAAUGCCUCGACUAUUACAAACAAUUUGUUGGCGGCUACAAGCCGACGCCACCUUUGAUAUCGCCGGCAGCCUCUUCUGUGAGCAGCUCGAGCAGCUGCAGGCCAGCGGCACGUGAUCUGCUGUUCAGCGCCGCCAGCAACAGCAGCGCCACCAACAACAUCACCAGCAACACCACCAACAUUUCAUUAACCACGGUGACCAAUCUGCAUCUGAGCACAGCCACAACAACUGCCUCGACGACGUCCUUGACCAUGUUGCCCAAGUUAAAUGCCGCCGGUGGCGUCGGCGGGAGCAGUUGCGCCGCCGAGGAGAUCAGCUACAAGUGUCGCAUCUGCGACAAGGUCUUUGGAUGCUCCGAAACGCUGCAGGCACACGAGAAGACACACAAAUCACCGCGCUACGAAUGCUCCGACUGUGGCAAAGGCUUCUCCCAGCUGCGUAACUAUAAAUAUCAUUUAUCCGUGCAUCGUGGCACCAAAGAGUUUGCGGCCGAGUGUCCGGAAUGCGGCAAGACGUUCAACGACAAGGGCUACCUGAGCAGUCACAUGAAAAUCCAUCGGAAUCGCAAGGAAUACGAAUGCCCCUAUUGCCCCAAAUCCUUUAAUCAGCGUGUCGCCUUCAAUAUGCAUGUACGCAUCCAUACGGGCGUCAAGCCGCACAAGUGCGCCGAAUGCGGCAAACGAUUCUCCCGUAAAAUGCUGCUCAAGCAGCACAUGCGCACCCACAGCGGCGAGAAGCCGUAUCAGUGCUCCGUCUGUGGCAAAUCCUUUGCGGAUCGCAGCAACAUGACACUGCAUCAUCGCCUGCACUCGGGCAUUAAGCCCUUCAGCUGUCCGCUGUGCCCGAAGGCUUUCACCAAGAAGCAUCACCUGAAGACGCAUCUCAAUUAUCACACGGGCUGCAAGCCCUAUGUCUGUCCACAUCCCAAUUGCAAUCAGGCCUUCACCCAGUCCAGCAAUAUGCGCACCCACGCCAAGAAAUGCCAGUAUAGACCGUUAGACGGCGCUCAGGCAUUUCCGGUGCCGCCCAAGCAGCAGCAGCAGCAGCACACAUUGGCCCUGGGCACAGCUCCCAGUUUUGUCAUGCCCCCGCCAACAUUUGCUGCCGCUGCAUCCGCUGCAUCCUCUGCAUCCGCUGCAUUUCCGCCGGCUCAGCAAACGCUGCUCAGCAAUUUGAGAACUUUCUAA